AUGGGGUGGACGUCGGAUAAGCCCGACGAAGCAAACUCUGGCACGAAUGGCUUUGGGCGAAGCGAAUCCCUGGGAAGGAACGGUUUGGCCCACGGAGAUGGCAAGGACUCUUCCCGCACAAGGGAAUUCUAUGGAGCCCUUGGAGCAGAGAAAAUAAAGGGGGCUCGUGGGCCUUACAAAAAGUCGAAAGGGGCUGAUGGUGGGAGCUACGGAUACCUGUAUGGCAAUCUUUACGAGCAGGCGCAGGCGCGCAGACAGAAAGUGCUGGGGUUUCUGCAGAAGGACCUGUUCCAGAUUGGAAAGCCCGACUUUAGAGGAUUCAUGAAUGCCAAUCAUGCCUAUGAGUGCCUUCUUCCAUACCAUGUGUUUGGGUCUGGCGUGUAUGAGGACAUGCUAUUUGCAAACAGCAGGGAGAUGGAGGUCAUUCCAUCGGAGAUCGAUGAGGUGGUUAGUCUGAUGAAGGAGGCAGCGGUGCUUGAGAGCAGAUCGUUGGCAACUGAGGAGACGCUGGUGUGCGAGCUGCUCCUGUAUUAUCAGCAGAGAUACAUAAACUCUAUUUAUGGAGAUGAGAGAAAGCAGAAGGGUCAGAGAAGAUACAGACAGCAGCUGAACAAGCGAAACACUGUAUUCAGGCUGAAGAUUGGGGUCAGGACGCCGAAAGGAAAUGACGUCGAUGUAAGGAACGGAAGGCUGUACUUUAAGAAAGUGAAAGGUGAUUGA